CCCUUUGUGCCGCGGUGCAUGCUGGGUGCCGUGCAGCACCUGUUCACGGAGAGACACGGAGAGUGAAUGCUCGCAGCGCCAGACCCGCUCAGGUCGGGUUUCUCCGGGAUCGCACUACGUCUGCGGGCUGAUUUCUCUGCCCGAGGUAUUGUUCUGUAUCGCUGCAUCGGAGCCAUACGAGAGCGGGCCAUGAGGACUUUUCCCAAAAACAGAAGCUGCGAAGUUUACAGCGUCUCUGGUUUGGGAGCCUGGGCCCCCGCCGGUGCACCUGCACAGGAGGACUUUGUGACGAAACCCACCCAGAGGUCAAGCCCAUCUAGCAUCAAGAGCCCGGCGGGCAAGAGAGCGAAUUGCAGGGCAUGGAGUAAGUGGGCACUGAGAGCCUCCCCCCUCCUCCCUCUCUCGGCUGCCAUUGCACUGACUCUCCAUUUUCUUGCAUCCUCUCCAUCGCUCUCAGUGUUCUACCUUGGAGGAAGCAUCGAGUUCUCCAACCUCAGUUUCUCUCCAGACCUGGCAGACCCCUCGUCUACACAGUUCCGUCUCCAGUCUCAGGCGCUAAGCCAUUAUUUCUCAGAGUUGUAUGAUUCUUCACCAUGGAGCACGUAUUACCAGCACUCAGGAAUUAUUGCAUUUAGUGAAGGAGUGGAAGGUCUUUGUGUGUACUACUGGAGUAAAUUCUCUGCUCCUCCCGCUAUUGCUGAGGAACUCCGGAGAGUGAACCCAUCCCGGUUGCAACGGCGUCUACCUGGAACCAACAAGGUCCUUUUUAGCAGAAACGAGGAACGCUACUACAUGGAGAGGGACGAGGACACACUGCGUCUGCUGGGUUUGAAUGCAGAUAACGGUGGUGAUGCCGAGGAUGAAGACGAUGAAGAUUCUGAUGACAAAGCGGAAAAAAUAAAGAACCCAAACUCUUUACAGAGUGGCAAGUGGCAGUUGGGGCUGCAGGCCAUGUCUUUUGACCUAUACGCUAAGUAUGGAAACAAUCGCACACUCAGUCUUGUCAGUCCGAAGAAGCCGUAUUACCAGUGGAGGCUUCGGGUGCCGUCCGGUCACGUCGUGCGACUUGUCAUUCUCACACUUCAAGGGGCGACACCAGGAAGCUGCUCUGCCAACAAGCUGUCUGCUUAUGAUUUCCUACUGCCACUUCAGAACAAGAUCAUCACCAGAUGGUGUGGUCUGCCAAUAUCAGGAACAUCCCCUGUAAUGAAACUGACAUCUUCUGGAAAUGUCAUGCUUGUCACAUUUUCUUUCAGUCGUCAGAGGCUAGGAGCCAUCUUCAAAGCUUAUUUCCAAGCUAUACCCAAAACCGAGUGUGGUGGUUUCCUCACUGCGUGGAACGGCACGGUGACGUCCCCUUACUACCCCACCUACUACCCUCCAAAUGUGGACUGUAACUGGAAAAUCAGGGCUCCGUUGCCGGGAUACCUUCUCUCCGUGACCAUUGUGAUGCUAGACAUUCAGGAGUCACCGGCCUCAAGCACCUGCGAAAAAGAUUGGCUGGAAAUAGGCGGCGUAAAAAAACAGCUGAGUUAUUCUGAUGGACGAGAUGAGGCCAAAUGCAACACGUGUAAACCAGGAGAAGUUUAUUGUGUGGGUCAGUGCAGACCACACAGCCAGUGUAACACCGCAUGUGGUGACAGCAGUGAAGAGAAUAACUGUGGAGGUAAAUGCUACCAUAUGUGCCCAAACAAAAUCUGCCUCCCCAAAGCCUCAGUGUGUGAUGGGAUUGUGGACUGCAAAGACCGCAGUGAUGAACUCAACUGCACAAGAGCAUUUUCUAAAGGAUGCUCUCCUUCCUCCUUCAAAUGUGCCAGUGGAAAGUGCUUGAGUAAGAUCAAUCCGGAGUGUGACGGCAUUAAAGACUGCAAAGAUGGUUCAGAUGAGUUGCGCUGUAGUUGUGGCACGAGGCCCAGGAAGAGGGCAAAGAUUGUGGGUGGAAAGGAUGCCCAGGCAAGCUCAUGGCCAUGGCAGGUCAGCCUUCAGAUGGAGCGCUAUGGUCAUGUGUGCGGGGCAUCUCUGGUGGCCAGCCGCUGGCUUGUCUCUGCAGCGCACUGCUUUCAGGACUCAGAUGCAAUCAAGUAUUCUGAUGCGCGAUCAUGGAGGGCCUACAUGGGCAUGCGAGUAAUGAACUCGGUCAGCAACGCAGCGGCCACCAGACAAAUCCGUCGCAUCGUCUUGCAUUCGCAAUACGACCAAUUCACCUCCGACUAUGACAUCGCCCUUCUAGAACUAAGCGCCCCUGUCUUUUUCAAUGAGUUGGUACAGCCCGUCUGCGUUCCUGCCUCCUCUCACGCCUUCACCUCCGGAACCAGCUGCUUUGUCACUGGAUGGGGGGUUCUGUCAGAAGAAGGUGAAUUGGCCACAUUGUUGCAAGAGGCCACCGUUAACAUCAUCAGUCACAACACUUGUAAUAAAAUGUAUGACGAUGCGGUCACUCCCAGAAUGCUUUGCGCCGGAAACAUUCAGGGAGGAGUGGAUGCUUGUCAGGGAGACUCUGGGGGACCUUUAGUGUGUCUGGAACGUGGCCGGAGGUGGUUUCUAGCAGGCAUUGUGAGCUGGGGUGAGGGCUGUGCCCGACAGAACCGGCCUGGAGUUUACACACGUGUCAUAAAGUUCACAGACUGGAUUCACCAGCAGACGAAAGGCCAGGUGUGACUAACACAUGCACACAUAUAUUUACACCAGAGAACGGGUGAUUGGCCCACACUCAGUUGCAUGUGAUCGAGGUGCACCGGCCCAGCUCUCAUGGUGCCCAGACACACAGCAAACAUCAACACCUCUGCAUCGGAAGCAAUUUCCCAUCAAUUCCUGUUGCUCAGCAUUUGAAACCUCUACCCAUGGUCUGCCAGCAGCUCCACUCCCCUCUUUAUGCCCCAAACUCAUAAGAACCACCUACAAACCAACUGUAUUCUAUAAAGCCUUGACAGUGGACUACUAGUGUCGAGAUUGAGGAGAUUAUUUGCAGUGGAAAGAGUUCUCUUGGGUUUUUGUUAUCACAAAGAUUAUUGGCUUCUCCCUUAUUGGGAGAGAGCAGCGGCAGCCCCUAAGACUCUCUCUACUGGUCGUGAUUUGACAUUACAUCUUACUCAGUACUUCUUUAGUUAUGCACACAUUAGGAUCUGUAUACCUGAAAAACCAGAUGUAAAUGUCAAAACGGAGCAAAUGUUGAUACUUUAUAUUAGAUAUAUGAAAAAUAGAAUUAUAUUAAAAA